AUGGACGAGAGCGUUAUUUCCUUACUGGGUGCUAAGUACCCUCAGGACUGGACAGCUGAAGAAGUUGUCGAUUACUUAUCGAAACCUCGACGACCCCUUCCCGUCCAAAAGUUCUUCCAAUCCGAUGCUGGAAGAGCACUUUUCAUCGAUAAUUAUAUUACUGGGGCAGUUCUAUUCGACGAUAGCUUUACAAGGGAUACACUGAAAGACGACCUGGGGAUAAAACAGGUUGGGCUAUGCAUCCUACUGUGGAGCAUUAUCCAAGAGAUACGUCGAAAUUACCCACAACGGCCGGAUAUCGACCUCGGCGACGAUAGCCUUCUGCCGCCCCCACCACAAAAUACCAGCAGGCUCUCGCUUCGGGACUACAGAGUGGACGGGGAUGAAAAUAAUGAUGAUGAUGAUGAUGGUGGUGGUGAUGAUGAUGGCUACCCUGCGAGACUAGUACCUGAAACGAAGGUAUUGAAAUUUGGCAACAUCCAAAGGUAUGCUGAUGAGGUUCUACUUGAGGCCCAGGUUGAAUGGUCAGGGCCUCUUGUUGCUACACCGAGCAAACUCGUUACCAGAGAAGCUCACUCAAUAUUCAGGUCAAACGAUGGUGACGAUAACAACGGUGGAGUUGGACAACUCAUAUAUCCUGCUGGACCUUCAACUCCUCGAAUACAUUUUUCUAGAGACGAUGACGACAUUGAUGCUAGAAGCACAAAGCGACCUCGACUAGAUAAUGAUGGCGAUGAACAUGAAGUCACAAUGCAGAGAAUACUGGUUCAGAUGCCCCCGAUUUUGGAGAACGAUGUGGACGACCAUAUGAGCCUGGAUUCCGCCGCGAAAGACCAUUCAGAUGCUACAACCCCUCGAGAAUACCAACCCGAUUACCACAUUGUCACAGACGACCCCCCUGGAAUGGAAGAUAUCCCUCCGAUUGAAGAAGAAUCAAGCAUUCCCCUCCUUAGGCUUAGGGGUCACGAGAGCGGGGAACAGUUGACCUUCACGGAAUCGGAAUCGGAUGCUUCUCCUCUUUCAAAAAUCCGCCGUCAACGAGCCCCUAGGUUGCGCCAAGCGAAUCGCUCUAGGUCCUCUACCUACCUAGACCGAUCUCCAGUCACCGCUGGGGAGAUGGCACUAGUUGGUGAUGACUCAAACGACACUGACUGCUUCGUGGUCAGGAGAAAGGUAUCGGCUGGGACACGUAUGGGGGCCGCCCGGAUUACAAACGCCUUCUUUCACAAAAAAUUGAUUGACAAAAGAAGAAUCAACGGCAAAUUUCAUAUAGCUUAUAGACACCACACGCUUCGUCAUCUCCAUCGCUAUAAGCGGGAUUCCAUCACCAUAGUCAACGAUCAGGAAGUACAAGUUGGGGAGAAUCUCAAAAAUCAUAUUGCGGAUUUUCCCGAUCUCGAUGUACGGAAUCAGAUCUACAAACGAAAAUCCGAUCGUGUUCAGUUGAUGGAUGCUACAGCUGGCUUGGACCGGAAACGGAUGGAUCCCUGGGAGCCAGUUGAAGAUGCAGACUAUUAUCAAGCAUUGGGUGAAAAACACGACCUUCUUGCGAAACUCCAAGGCGGCGAUCAGUUCGUUCCCGUCGACUAUCGUGGGCCAAGCCCGGGCCUCGAUUUAGAGACCGAGAGGGAAAUACGCCGGGACCUAGUAUCACAUGAGCAAAAGAUAGCAAGGAAAAGUACCGGGAAGAAGUUGACCAUUGAAGAGAUGGAAGGAAUCUGGGAACAGGUUAAAAGUAAAGUCGUAGAGAAAUGGCGGGAAAGUGCGUUCCCCCGAUUCGAAAUGGUCAAGUACAAGUGCUGGAUGGAGGCGCAGAAGAAAAAUAGUCGGAGGCAAAUAGUCGUUGGCAGUAUGGUGACCAUUAGUCAACUUGACACCCGUCUGAGCAACCAUUGGGAUGGAUAUCUCAAGAAUAACUGGUAUUCUGCGGUUGAAUUGCGCAAGUUCAUGGAAGCACAAUCGAAAACUACUAUCCAAAGCCGAGAGCUUGCGAUUUGGCGGCGUGAUACUUUUCAAGGAAAGAAACCCGAAACUCCUGAUUCUUCAUUGUCCACCGAGGUUGCGCCCCGAAGGAAGAUUGAAAGAGGCGAAGCCAAGGAUGCGGAGGGCGAACCAACAGCUGUAGAUGAAGAAGAUCUCAGCAUUUCAGAUGGGGAGGAGACAGAUUUCGAAGAUAGUGAAUCUGACAUGGAUCAAUUCAUCGUUGAUGAUACUGUCUAUGAUGAAGGCCACGAAAAUAUGAGGGCUGAAAACGAUGCUGUAUUAGCUCGACUUCAAAAUCGGUACCUAUACGACGAACUAGCAGCAGACGUUGUUCUCGAGGAUGACGAUGAGCAGGAAGAUCAACCAAAGCCGAAAGGCCGAAAGAAUCAACAAGCUACUGGGUCUUCCAGCAAUCACGGCAACGACGAUACCAAUCUCCCAGAUGCUGGGCCUGAAGGUCAAGGCCAAGAUGGAGACGAGUCGCUUUAUGAGCAGUCGAAGAAGUCUGCUAAGGCUAGUAGUGAUUCUUUCAGAUGGUUUUCGAAUGAACUCCCAGAAACUGCCCGAAAAUCCGAAACAAGUGUUCCCAAAGUCGGUCUCGCGGUUAGCGAUGAUGAGAGCCCCGCUACUCCUAUCCUCGAAGAACCCAUUUCAACCAACAACGGAUCAGGGACACCCACUCCUGAACCAUCCAUUGAGACUGAGUCCGCUGCCAAAUCUGUUCCCGAGCCCACCAGCGUAUCCACCGCCAAACCCAUUGCCGCAAUCAGUAAUUCCGAUCCAGAAUUCGGUGACACAGGCCCGUUUACGAUUGAGCAAGGCACUCCAGUGCCGAAAGUAGCCACCCCACCUCCAGUUAUUAAAGCCGAAAACCCGAUUCUCACGGUCUUCAAGAGAGGAGAGUUCAUUGAUCUGACGAACGAUACACCAGUAUUAACUCCUGAAAAGACUCCAGUGCCUGGCCCCUCAAACAGUUCAAUUAGAGGACGGCAAAACUUCCCUAUCGAGCUGGACCUGGAUGAGGAUGAAGAUACACAACUCCAAAUCGCGAUCAUCGAGUCUCGAGAAACAGCGCUCAAAGAAGGCGUGCGAUUGAGUCCCUCCCCUUCGCCUGUUGACCGAACUCCUUCUGCACCCCAGGGAUUAACAGCAACUUCAUCUGCUCCAUCCUCUUCAGCUGCGAAAAUCCAACCUAAAGUCACAAAACGACCGGUAAUUUGCACGCCCUUGGAAGGGAUUACGAGUGCGUGGAAAAGGGACCUGCAGGCCCGGUACGAUAAAGGGGCGGGAGAAUUGUUGUCACUAAGGAAGCUUAUAAGCACAGAGAGAAGUCUCUACGGCAACGAACUUAUGCUGGACAAGGUUUUAGGUUGCUGGAAUAUCUCGCAGAGCAAGCCCGUAGACACUCAAAGUCUCGGUAUCAAAGAACAGGACAAGCCAGCAUACUCAGUUCUCGCUAGGUUAUACUCAGCCUACAGCUUUCCACGUCCAAAAAGCAUAGACUACAAGAGGCAAAAAUUGCUCCUAAGCAACAUGGACAACUUCUUAUUGUUCACGAGGGAGCUGACACCUAUCCUCGGCGACGUGGCAGAAUAUGAGGAAAGGAAAGCGGAUACCGAGGGCACAGCAACUGGUAUCGUGAGCGAAAGUUCCCAGGCAACAGGCCAGAAUACUCAGAGACCGGUCAACCUUGAAAGCGACAAGAGUAAAGGGAAGGGAAAAGCCAAAAUUGAUGCUCUAUCUCUUUUACUGGAGAGCGACUCCGAGGAGGAAAUCACACUCAGCCAGCGGUCGUUUCAAUAUGAAGCGACAUCAGAGGCCGAAGCAUCCCGAAGCGGCACAAGCACCCCUCGCCGGCAAAAAAUCAAUCGCACCAAAAUGGUUGACCACGAAACGCAAAGAAUCCGCCAGCUGAACGACAAGGAACGUUUAAAAUUAAUGGAGCGAGAGAGAAGAGGUAGAAAGGCUGGGCAAACAAGUGAUCUCAUCAACUUAGGUCACUUAGCAAAGGAUGACCCGAUCUACUUCCCCGCUAGCGACCAGCCGCUCUACGACUUCCAAAAAUCAGGGGUACAGUUCUUGUGGAGGAAUAUCGUUGUUUCAGAGAAGAGAACUGGGGCACUGUUGGCACAUACCAUGGGCAUGGGAAAGACUCGACAGGUUAUUACUGUACUCUGCGCAAUUGCCGACGCUGCCGUUUCUGAAAGGCCUCGGACCCAGAGUCAGAUACCUGCGGAGCUUAGGAACAUGCGAGCUCUAAUCGUUUGCCCUCCAGGGCUUAUACAGAACUGGAGCGAAGAAAUUUCUAAAUGGGCGGAUGGUGCUCUAGCGACUGUUUAUCCGGUUACACAAGCACAUUGCAUGAACGACAGGAUCGAGGCAAUCGAAGCAUGGGCGGCUGAGGGGACUGUUCUCAUAAUAGGAUAUGAAUCCUUCAGCCAGCUCUGCUCAAGGACUGAGUCGAUCGAGAAGGAGUAUGAAAAACUUAAAAAUGAGGCUUCUAUUCCUGAUUCGGUGUCCAAAGACGCCAGAUUCGAGGAACUCGAAGCAAAACUGGAACAAGUGACAAAAAUCAAAAAUCUCCUCUUAGACACUCCAACGAUUGUCGUCGCUGACGAGGCCCACAAGAUCAAGACCAAGACUUCCAAAAUCGCUAAAUUAUUUGGGAUGUUCAAAACACGUUCUCGUAUCGCCAUGACUGGAUCUCCACUUGCUAACGACCUCACUGAAUAUUUUCACAUAAUGAAAUGGGUUGACCCUGAGUAUGCUGGAGACGAAGCUGAAUUUAAUAACAAUUUCAAGCUUCCAAUUCGAGAUGGUUUAUACAUAAACUCGCUUGACGAAGAAAUUAAGGAGAGCAACAAGAAACAAAGGGAGCUCAUCGCGCUUUGGGGGCCCAAGAUGAGUCGAGUCAAUAUAAAGCAGAUCAAGGGUCUAGAGAACACCCUACCCCCCAAAACAGAAUUUUUAAUAACUCUACCAUUAACCGAGCUUCAGUACAAGCUAUACAGUUUCUAUGCCAAAGAGGCAAAAAGAGAUACUGAAGAGGGUUACUACUGCGGAUUUUUCGACUUUGUUGCACAACUUGGGGUGCUUCUGAACCACCCCGCUUUGUUUUGGAAGGCUUUCGAGAAAAGACAGGCAAAGAAGAAAGCAAAGAUCGAAGGUCCACUCCAAAGCGCCAAAAUCACAGAGGUGAAUCUGAGUGAUGAAGAAGCCGCUAGGGAGUCAUCUGAAGAAGGCGAGGCCGAAGAGGAUCCGGAUUCACAAAAAGCAAUUCUUGGGGCCGAUAGCGCUAUUUCUCAUCGACUGCAAGAAGUGAUUACUGCAACUGAGAAUCUUAAGGAUACAGCUCAUAGUUACAGAAUUCAGGUUCUUUUGCGAAUACUUGAGUCCUGUAUCACGAUAAAGGAAAAGGUUUUGGUGUUUUCGCAGUCUGUGGAAACCUUGAAGUACAUCGGGGAAGUUCUCGAUAAACAAAGCAUCAAGUUCGUGAAGAUUACCGGGGAGGUUUCGACAGCGAAACGGCAGACGAUUGCUAGAGGGUUCAAUAAUGAGGAUAGCAAUAAGUUUGUUUUCCUCAUUAGCACCAAGGCCGGGGGCCUAGGUCUGAAUAUUCAAUCUGCGAGCCGAAUCGUGGUCUUCGAUUCACAGUUUUCACCUCAGGAUGAGGAACAGGCGGUAGGGCGUGCCUACCGUCUCGGACAAACUAAGCACGUCUUCGUUUACAGGUUCAGGAUCGGUGGAACACUCGAAGAUGUCAUCCAUAAUAACUCGCUUCUCAAGAUGUCAUUAGCGGCAAGACUCGUCGAUAAGACAACCCCAGCCAGAAAGGCCAAGAAGUCAGAAGCCGCCGAUUGGUUCAGAGCACCCAGAUACAUACCGAGAGAUCCGGCCGGUUUCGAGGGCAUGCAGGGGAAAGAUCCUAAGGUCAUGGAUAAAUUCUUGGAGGAGGACUGGUUAAGAGAAUUGGUUACUCAAGACAUGUAUGAGGUUCAUUACGAAGAACCAGUGGCUGAGGAACAAGUUGGGGAGUCCAGCGAGACUGCAAGUGGGGGUGCCAAAGAUGGGGCGUCGACGGAACCUGGGGUAGAUGAAAUGGACAUCGACAAUGAUACAACUGCAAACGCGACCCUAGGUGCUCCUAAAAAGAAAGUCGUUACUAGUACAAUCCCAGCUACCGGGUUUAGCGUUGCUGCUACGAACUCUCCUGCGACACCCCCACUUUUGACACCCACGAGCAAGGCUACCAGCGAACCAAAGCGAGUCAAUCGCACCCAUAGGGAAAAGCAAGAGUUCAGGGCGAAGAUGCAACAGCUGCAGGGUGAGAAAGCUACGACACCAUCUUCAAGUCGUGCAGGAGUUACGCCUUCCCAAACCAAUUCAGCAUCUGGCGCCCAAUCGCCACGUCCUCAAGCUGGUCCGAGCGCCCCUUCAAAGGGAAACGUGACUCAAUCUAAAGAGCAUACCGAACAACCGAAGAGACGUGUCAGCCUAAACAAGGAUGAAUGGAAGGGGAUCCAGAAACCCCAGACAAAAGGCCUCCCGCCAGUCCCCCCGCCAGUCCCCCCGCCACUCGUCCUCCCGAGCCAGUCAAAUUCCCAGACUCUUCCGAGUCAGGCUUCUCCCAGAGUUCGUCCAAGCCAAGCCUCUCCUAGGAUUAUCCCAAGCCAACGAGAUGCCGCCGCAGGACCCCAAAGCCCAGUAACUCCGACUGGGCCAUUGGCCGAUAGGAUACAGAGACAACCAGGCGAGAGGUCCCCACGGCCUUAUGGUAGCUCUCACUCUUUUUCGCAAAUGCAUGGAGGACAACCCACCCGCUUGCAACGAACAGCGGGGUCAAGGAAACCUUAUGACCGUCCAGGUACCGACCGAAGAGCUUCUGCCCCUCAAUCUCGAGGGCAAGAAAACUACAUUAGACAUGCUUCAAGUCCCCGAAGGCCACGCUCGCCACCGAGAGGUACUCCGCGUCGACGACCCGAUUCAGAACGCAGCAGGCCACAGCGACCCCCACCACGACCUUCCAGUCCCCGAGAGAGACGUUGA